GAGAAAGAGUACUUACAUGUCAUUCUGUUUCAGACAGGGCUAGGGAUAAUGGUUAAGACUUUAACCUUAUCCACACUGACACACAACCGUUGAACCAUUCAGAGAGCUGAAGUUUACAGGAUGUGCGCACUGAGAUGACAUCUGCGAUAAGAGUCGGCAUCGGCUUCAGCAGUGUGGGGAAACAAAGGCGCAUAGUCAGUAGACACCGUGGACAUGGGAUGCGCGCCGUGACGCUCCUCGUGUGUUAACAGGGACUUGGGUUAGUAUGAGGCGCGAUGGCUGGGUGCGAUCGUGGGGUUCAAAUGCUGCUUGCCACAGCGGGAGCUUUCGCAGCUUUCAGUCUGAUGACCAUCGCCAUAGGUACCGACUACUGGCUUUACUCACGGGCAUAUAUUUGUAACGCCACCAAUAUUACUACGGAUGAAACUAAAACAACUAAGGGCGAUCUUACGCACUCCGGCUUGUGGAGAAUCUGCUGUAUAGAAGGCAUCAAUAAAGGGGCCUGUUACCGGAUCAAUCAUUUCCCAGAUGAUAAUGACUAUGACACAGACAGCUCAGAAUAUCUCCUACGCAUAGUGCGGGCGUCCAGUGUGUUUCCAAUCCUCAGCUCCAUCUUGUUGCUACUGGGAGGGUUGUGUGUGGCCGUCGGCCGCAUCUACAGCAAGAAGAACAACAUCCUACUCAGUGCUGGCAUCAUGUUUGUAGCCGCAGGCCUGAGCAACAUCAUCGGGAUCAUCGUUUACAUCUCCAGCAACACCGGAGACCCGGGCGACAAGAAGGGCGAGGACAAGAAGAGCCAGUACAACUAUGGCUGGUCCUUCUACUUCGGCGCGCUGUCCUUCAUCGCGGCCGAGAUGGUGGCCGUGCUGGCCGUCAGCAUUUACAUCGAGAAGAACAAGGAGGUGAUCCGUCUGCACUCGCGCCACGCCUUCGUGCGAUCCGCCUCGUCCUCCUCGCCCUACUCGCGCAUCCCCAGCUUCCGCUACCGCCGGCGGCCGUCCCGCGAGAGCUCGCACUCCACCGAGGCCUCGUCGCACGAAGCCUCGAUGGGCGGCGGCGGCGGCAGCGGGAGCGCGGGCGGCACGGCCCCGCUGGGCGAGAUCUCCAUGUACACGCUGACGCGCGAGCACUCGCUCAAGGCGGGCACGGACAGCACCUACAGCCCUGAGCACGACCCCUCUGGCUUCCUGCAGGUGCACAACUGCUUCCCCAACGACCUCAAUGACACCCUCAACAGGAGAACCACGCCCGUAUGAGGAGGGGGCACUCUCAAGCAACUGGACCGGUCCGAUCACGGCUGAAACUCUCAGAAA